GUUUGAGUUUAGUUUGGAAUCUUCACUCGUCAACGGCGCACCACCGACUCGUCAAAUUAGCGCGCGAAAGAUCAGUCGGACGAUCCGUCGGACGGUCCAGUGUAUGUGUAGAAGUAUACAGAGCAGAGAUACUAUAAAGAAAAGUACAUAGAUAUAUUAUAUACGAGUAUAUACACAUGUGAAAAAAGUUGCGGAGCGCUAACGGUGUGGGAUUGAAAAGUGAGCAGAAUAGUGCGAAAGACAAAACAAUUCGAUAUUCGGCAUUCAGAUGUUCUUGUUUUGAAUAUAUUCGCCUUCGGUGUUGGUGGAAAAUAAACCAACAAUUACAACAAAGAGAAAGUUAUGUUCAAAGCAAAUAAUGCUGGCAACAGCAGCAGCAGAUCCACAGAAGAACGUGACCGCCUAACAGAUGGCGAAUCUGACUCACGCUUUUCCUAUAGAGCACGGCCUUUUUCUAGUCUACCACGUCGCUUCGCCUCGACCAAGAACUGUGCAGUGGUGACUGAUGAAGAUGACGGGCAGAGGGACCGCUUCCAAAAUGAGAGCAUCCAGCGGAGAGUUGCCCCCACAGCGAGGAGUUUGUCUCGCUUGAAUACGCUUAACUAUGAUAAUGUUGCUUUAGACAUAGAUGAGAGUAGCUUGGGCGCCGAAAAGAGCAGGUUUGGCUUUCAAAGCGGCAGCGUUGGUUUGGAUAUUUUUCCACAAUUGAGCAAUACAAGUGCCGAUGGCAGCGACGUCGCAAUGGAAAUGGAGCAACUACAAGAUAUUAGGCGUGAAGAUAUUUUUCCGAAUGCGAAUGACAUCACGCCAACGGACUCGUCGUGGGAUGGCAGCGAGGAUCGGGACUCCACGCAUUCCUCGGACACAAGUGAUUGCUCGCCCGAUGAUGCGACUCGUGUCCUGAACGAGCUCGACACGAUCUUGGAUAUACACGGUGCAACACAGCUGACAUCAACAGCAAGCAAUUCAUUGGAGACUAAAGUCGAAGACUGUUUAUUGGAUUUAGAUAAUUAUCUGGAAGAGAUGGACGAUUAUAGUUUUAGUAAUAAUGACGAGGAGGACAAAAUUUCGGUACAAUUGGCACGUACACCAAGUCCGAAACGUCUACCCACACGACAACGUAAUCGGUCGUUGCCUAUGAGCCGCAAAAAGAACGCACAGGCGCAGAGCGCUGAGCGCAAGCAGGAUGAAGAGACAGGUGGAAGAAUAGCACGUGGAGAGUUGCUACGACGCACAAUAGCGUGCCCGAAAGAGCGGCGGUAUGAGGAUCUUAUGGAUAACCUCGAGCAGACGUCGCCCGCAAUCGCGCGCUUACCGAGCACAGAAGCUUUGAAUGAACUAUUCAUAACAGAAGAAACGCAAGAGCUUACAAAUCUUCAGCCAACAGAAACGCCAUCUUGGACGGAGCCAACAUUUGAUGCGAGCCAACUAACGGCGGUAGUUGGCAACGCGGAGGCAGAGCAUUUGCCGGAGUCACAUUGCAAUAACUACACAGCACAGUACAGUAUUAACCCACAAAGUGGCGAAUCAACACCAGAAGCAAUGCCUUUGCGGCCCGAGCUCCGGCGUUGCCACUCACAGAACCGACUUAGCACGACUAGCACGAACAGUCGCACGGCGAUGUUGACGCAAGAGGAUAUUUUUAAUAAUUUGUUGCUACAAAACGACAACAACAGCAGCACACUGGUAAGCAGACCGCGUCAAUUUGGUCGACGUGCUUCAGGUCAUCCGCCUGUGCUCUCGGUGAGACCCGAUAUACUUGAGGGCAAUCACAGCUUCGGUGUGAGCACAGCGUCCACAAUCAGCAGUCAACGUCCACAAAGUGCACCUGCCAUUACCGCAGCUUCGCGUCAUACAAAUUUUUUGACCAGCUCCGACGCCAGCUCAGCGCAUACGUCGCGCAACUCAAGUCCCAUCACAAUCGUCUCCAGCACGGACUCAGCGUCGACAUCUGCCUCGACGAAUGGACACACCGCCGCUAUGAAUCUCGUCACAAACGGUCAUUAUGAGCACACGAGCGUGGAGCAUAACAAUACCACACAUGCCAGCGCGACGAGUAGCGAUAAGGAAUGGCCGCACAUGUGCAGCCGCGCCUUGGCGCUUGUCUGUUGCACUGUGGGUCUAUUUAACUUCUCACGUUUUGCCGUGCUUACGAUUGAGUAUGGUGGCAACUUCGUCUUGCAAUUCUUUAUACUCUCCAUACUAUUCGGCAUACCGCUAUUCCUGCUGCACGUGUGUUUGGGUUCGCGUAUUAAAGCGGGUCCGGUCUCAAUGUGGAAGAUUACUCCCAUAUGUCGUGGCAUCGGCAUUUCGCUGGUUCUGGCGCAAUGUUUCAUUGCAAUUUACUCCACUGUGGCCGUGGCUUGGCUGCUUAUCUAUCUACGUGAUGUCUUUCCAAAUAAAGGACAGGAUGGCUAUUUGUGGCAAGAGAUGUUAAGCCCCUAUAGGCGUAGCACAAAUACGUCCGCGAAUUUGACGGAGAGCAUUGCAGAUUACUUUAAUGUUGUUGUACUACAAAGACUGUAUCUACUGAAGUCGCCUGAAGGCGGAGAUGUACCGUUUCGCGUGAGUAAUCGGCCAUUUAUGUUUCAGCUCGCCUUCAGUUUAGCGUUAAUUUGGGUCUUCGUGUUCCUAAUUCUGUGCAAAGGUCUCAAAUCUUUUGGUAAAGCCGUCUUUCUAUUGACGAUCUUACCGCUCAUCGCUUUAGCGGCGGUGAUUUGUAAGCUGUUGUACGUGGUGGAUCCAGCAAAGUUGCAGAACAUCUUCACCGCCACGGACUUCAGCGAAUUCUUUGAAAAUUCCAAAAUGUGGGUCGCCGCUGCUCAAGAGGUAUUCCUGACAUGGGGCUUACUCGGCUCCUCAGUGAUCUCUAUCACAAGCUGCACACACGUGGCUGGACGGAAUGAAUCCUCGCUGCGACGUGAUGCGAUCUUUGCCAUUUUGAUAACACUCUUCAGCCUCUGCAUGGCUGCGUUGUUGGGCACACUGUGCAUACAAAUAUUAAAUCAGCAUUCCUACAGUUAUGUGCCGGGCUCAUUUGAAACGCUCGAGUCCUCAAAGUCCGUCUUCUCGCCGGAGUACGGCACCAACUUGAAUAUCAUUUCCAUACCGCCAAAAUGGAUGCCGCACUACACCAGUUUCAUCGGCGACACUUAUCGCCGGCAGCUGGUGCAUCAAGAGAGCGGCUAUCAAGCAUUGCGUUUCAUCAGCGAAGUCUUUCCCGCCACUUUGGUACUAUCGCGAGAGAGCGUCUCUUGGAUUUGGGCAGCUAUUGCCUUUGCCGCUUUAACUGUCUUGGGCUUAUCACAGCUGUGUGCCAUGUGGAAGCCGAUCGCCAGCGCGUUGGGUAAUUCCAUAAGCGCUGUGUUGCUGAGUUGUGUAACUGGUCUGCUCUUGGGCGUACCAUUUACCACCGAAAUUGGCAUAUCUGCACUCUAUUACAUGGACUUGGUGUUGGGUGGCGCUUGGUUCAUAGCCCUCUUGUGGACGACACAUAUAUUUGGUGUUUUCUUGAUACGUGGUCGACCCUAUAACGGUGACGAUUUGGUGAAUAAUUUGAAGUUCUCGAAUACACUCUCGGCAUUUACGGCUUUGGCAUGGAAUGUUUUACUUCCGAUUGGUUUGAUCACUUUGUCCGUGGUCAGCUAUAAGUUUUCAUACUCCAAUCAAUUCUAUUAUUGGCGUGGCAAAUCAAAUUUCCAAUAUUGGCCGCGGAAGGUGGCCGCGGCGGUGCAAAUUGGUUUCCUUUUGCUCAUUCCAGUCACAGCGAUUAUACAAAUUUAUCGAUAUUUAACGAAUGGGCCACCGGAUAUAUUGGAUCGCAUACAACGGCUGUACCGCCCCGGUGAGAGCUUACACGAGAUACGCAACAGUUCGUCGAGCGAUCGCAGUAGAACCGAAUUCGGACGUUCCGAGGGCAAUGGUGCAGUCGGAAAUCUGGAAUUGAACUCAUAUCAAGCACACGAUGAUGCACCGCCCAAGUAUACGCCACCACCGAGCUACACCACGGCAACUGGUGCACGUUUCGCCAAAAUCUUACGCCAAAGCAUACGACGCAGUGUGCGACGUGUACUUGGCGAUCGCAGUCGCACACGUCCCAUACUCAGCAUCGACUCGGAGAGCAAUCAACCCACCACAUCCAUGCAACACAUACGCCAUGACGAGGCGGUGGCGGUGGGACCACACUACACCAGCGCCGACAUACCCAACAUAAAUGGUGCGCACAUAAUAGAACAACAACAACAGCAACAACACUUUUCCUGCACUUCUGGCGAACAUCUACAGCGUUCACUCUCGCUGGGACGCAAGCUGACGACAAAACAACUGCAACCACAACAUCACACAAUAGGCGCUGGUCGCGGUCAACGCAGCACACAGCAGGCUGUAGGCGAACAACGGAAUUUACGUGCGCCAUACACUGCAGACGAUGUGGUGACUGUAUUGCGCUCAACCUCUUAUGCGUCAGCACAAAUGCGUCCAGAGACUGUAGCGGUAAUGGCAACGCAGGAGCCGUCAACGCCGGAACUAUGCGAACUCUCCGCCAACAAUUAUGCUUCUUUCCGUUCGAUAGAGAAUUUGGUGACGAAUGCAGCGCCUAUGGCGCGUAGUGAAGCGUUCGCGACGGCAGCGUCGGCGGUGACGGCGGCAGCAGCACGCGAGGAGGCGAACAAUGUCAACGAAAGCGGAAGUAAUACAUCUGUGAUUUAAAAGCAAACAAACAAGUGGGGCGAAAGUGGAAAAAGAGAAAAGGAAGAUGAAGGAAAAAUGAUGAAGAGAGGGAGAAGGGGUGGAGAGUGCGAAACGAAGAUGAAAACCAAUUGAAAUGGUUUUUUAGCAUGUCCUAGGUGUAUGUAUGUAUGUAAAUAGUUAACAUUAAAAAAAAAGAAAUAUAUA